AUGGCGGAAUCGGAUCUUUUGAGAAGUAUUCGUCUGAUGAAAGAGAAGAGGGACGAGAAAAUCGCCGCCAGAGAAGUUGAUCCAAUCACAGCCAUCGAAAAGGCCGCCGAAUCGAGGAGAAAAGUUUUAAUCGACAAGAAUUUCGCGGGGCCGGAUAAUGGAGAAACAGAAAUUUCAAAUUCCGCGAGCGAAUCGAGCGAUCCGCCAGCUGCGCCCGAAACGGCCAGGAAGGAGCGAUGGAAGGAAAUGGCAAAACAGAGAGAGAUUUGGGACAGGGAGCUGGUUGAAGCCACGCAAAUUGCAAAGGAACGACUACAGAAAGAAAAAGAACAAGAAUCGUCCGAAAUAUCUGCUCCUUCGGCCGUGCGCAAGAAAUUCGAAGUCCUCUCUGCGAAAGAACAGGUCGAACGCGCCCUGCGUAGAUCUGGAAAGCCGGACGCAAAAGAAACGCCUUUCGUGAAGAGAACGGCGAAAAAGGAGUUCGAUUUGAAAGAACUCUCCCAAAAGGGCCACGUCUCCAAACUGGAAAGUCCUAUUCCAGAAAAGGAGAAUUUUCUCCCAGCUGUUGUCUCAUCGCCAAACUUCAAAAACUUCGACUUGGAAGAAGCGCCGAUAAUGCCCGCUCCGAUUGUUCCUCCGCGCCAGACAACUCCGACUGUUCAAACUGCCAAGCUUAUUAAACCUGUUUCGCAGCCAAAACUCUUGCCUAGCAAACCCAACGCUUCUGAACCGGAAUCCCAGCCGUCUCCAAGCUCAACCCCUCCUCCUCAAGAACCAGCGCCGAUUCCCUUCAGUCUGGACGAGCGAGGCGAUGAUUCUUCCAGCGCCAUAUCCUCCGUUCUCCAACCGAAUGAUGUGUCGGAAGAUGCCAUGGCAGUGGAUGCGGAGAACAACCUCCUAACUCCUAAGAGCCAGAAGCGCUCCGUAGAAGCCGAGGACUAUCAAAACUCGCGGGAGAAGUUCGUAAAGCAGCAUUCCGGCCAUCUGAAAUCAAGAGGAUCUAUCGAUGACAUAUCAAUCGCGCUCACUUCUCCGCAGAACAGGAAGCUGACGAUUGAUGACUAUCGAGCAUCACAGCGCAUAAAAGAUAAGCCCACGCGGGAGACGGUUUUCAACUGGCAGAAUCAGAUGACGUUGAAGAAUUCGACCGCCAUCGGAACUUUAAAGCGAGACGAGAAGAGGAAAGACUUGGAGAAUGAAAUUGCGCUUCUUGAGCAGCAAAAACGACAGGCGAUCAAGGCGCAUAAGCUGAUCAUGAGCAAGACUGUCCCGGCGGAUGUGGAGGCCGAAGCGGAAAAGACCCUCUUGUGUGCUACGGAGAAAUAUAAAGGAUUACGUGCCAUCGCGAAUUCGAUGAAACGAGUCCUCGACCCUUAUUCGAAAGGAUCGAUUCGCAUCUCCGACCUGUGGGUGAAAGCUAAUAAGUCGGUGAUCGCGAACUCGGAGCACUUUCGAAACACCUGGGUGAUCGGCCUGAUCACCGUCGGCGAGGAAUUCUUCGCGACGGAAAUGAGCCGCAUGGAUGUCCAGGGAGAAGUCCGCCUGCUCGUCGAAGGAAGUAAAGGCAAACGGAUUCUACGUAAUGUCGCGCCGGACUUUGAGCUUUCCAUUUCUAUAUUUAGUCUAAAUAUCGCUGGAGAAAAGAAGGAGAAACAAGCAUCUGGUGGGCUCUUCAGUCGAUCACUGUUCAGUCGGAAAAGUCUGCGAAAGAAUCAUCACAGUAACGGAAGUGGCUCGUCGGCCACUUGUCCGGAAGACAGUAGCUCCAGAUUCGAGAAGUUUAUCCCUGGUAAAGUGAAAACAAAGGGAGCUGGAAAUACAGGAUGCACGACUUACGGUAACUGGAUUCGUUACUGGGCGAGAUUGAGAGGUGACUCAAUCGAGUUCUGGCGAUAUCCAGAACAUGCCGAGACUGAGCCCGCUGAAGGUCGAAUAAGCCUGCGAUAUCUGCUCAAUCGCUCGGUCGGGGCCGACAAGCGUGGCCGUCGUCCAAACACUUUCGAGCUGUAUGGCCGCGCGCCGCCCAAGAACGAGCAGGCGAAUCAUAUGGAAGGACUGUCGCUCAGCUACGAUCACAACAAGUUCGUACGCUAUCAGAUUUCUGCCGAUGCCUCGGAGGAGAUGACGAAAUGGUGCGAAGCUCUGGGAACUGUUCUUCAAGAACUUCGCGUCUGGGAUUUCACCAUGUCGCCACCUGUUGACGACAAUUGCUAA